AUGAGCGCCUUCCCGCGCUCUUCGAUGUCGAACUCCCAGCUCGAGACCAUCAGCUGGUUCUGUCGAGCUAUCGGAUGCGAGACGACGCUUCCGAGUGUCAAGCAAGUCUAUGACCAUCGCGAUGCCAUCCUAGCAUGCGCAGGCGCUGCUACGGAGGUUGUAGAAGGAUCGUUAGACAAUAUCUACUGUGUCAAUGACCUCGGGAAGAUCUUGCAGCACGAAUGGGCCAACCCCUGCGUGCGCCCGCAUAUUGACGAUUAUCCUGUAGAAUACGGCCCCAACGAUGUGUUCGACCGACAGGCUCAGGGGCAGCGCUGGUGUAUGGAGGUUCACGGAAAUCUGAGCGCGCCCAUGUAUCGUGGUCCUGGUGAUCAAGAUUUCUUCGUAGACGAGCCCGCGCUUGUUGAUAGCCACGACGGUCCGCCCUAUGUAGCCAUGGUCACGCGCUGGUUCAAGCGCGACGGACUUGUUUGGGGAAGAGGGCACGCAAUGGAGUGCGAUAGCUCCGGAAAGGAGUAUAUUAUUGACGGCGCGCUAUGUCUUGAAUUCAAGGGCAGCGACCUCCUCCUCAACUAUGUGAGCUUGGAGAAGCUCCACCCCAAGCAUAGACUUCCAUCCCCUAACCAGAUCAGAGGCGUGAAGUGUGGUGGCGCACUUGACCAUGAUAUUAUGCCGUGGACUGAGCCUCUUCCUAAUCCCUGGCGUACCAAGGCCAACGGGAAGCGUGUCUUCACCCCGCCUAUCGAGUUGUACUGCGACGACACGUCUGGCAACCAAUCCAAGCGUUGGAACAAGCAUAAUUCUUUUCUAUUCACGCUUGCGGGCCUGGAUCCAAAGUACGCGCAUCUCAUGUACCACAUCCACUUCCUCGCCACUUCGAACAUCGCGCCUCCGCUCGAGAUGCUAGAGCGUAUCCUGAUGUCUGCCCUUAGGGACCUUCGCGAGAACGGUGUUGAAGCAUACAACUACGUGCAUCGGGAGGUAGUCCUCCUCGCACCGUGGAUACUCAACAAGCUUGGCGACAAUCCGAUGCAAAGCGAGCUCUCGUCGCAUAUCGGAACGCGCAGAAAAUGCCAUUGCCGCAUCUGCAACCUCCAUCGAGACUGUCCCGCAGGUCGGUCGGAGCAACAGCGCAUAUACGACAGCCUUAGCGUAGGCUCACCACGAAAUAUAGAGGAAACUCGGGAAACCCUCAAGCGACAGCUUGAUUGCUUUCUGCGUGGCGCACCUACAUCGGCAGGCUCCAUCGCGACCGCUACAGGCGUAAAGGAUCAGUAUUUCGAUCACUUCUCGACGAAACUCGGCCAAGCGUGCUCGGAGGAGAAGGAGAAGGCGCAUCGCUUGCGGCAAGCCGGUGACGAGGAAGGUGCAGACAAGGUCACUGCCAAUCUGGCAGCCCUCAUGCGGGAGCUGCGGGACGACAUGCCCGCUGACCUAUUCAAACCAGGGCUCCGUAUUCCAGGUCUCGAUCCCAAUGCAGAUACGCCGGUCGAAGUUCUUCAUACGGUCCUCCUGGGCUUUGUCAAGUACUUUUGGAGGGACGCGAUCUCGCUCCUGGAUGAUGGGAAGAAGAAGAAACUGAUCGCUCGGCUCGACAGCCUCGACGUCUUUGACCUCGGCCUUCCUCCGCUUCGAGGUCAGACGCUUGUACAAUAUGCGGGCUCCCUCACGGGACAUGACUUUCGGGUUAUUGCUCAAGUUGCGCCUGCCGUACUGUUUGAUCUUGUGGACAACAAUAGAUACGAGGCUUGGCUCGCACUCUGCCGUCUGACACCGCUAGCGCUGCGGCCCGAGCUUAAGUCAUUAGAAGCGUACCUGAUCAGGUUAGAGCAUUCCAUCGACGACUUCCUUGCAUGCACAGCGCUCUGGUCGAAAUCGUGGUUCAAUAAGCCAAAAUUCCACUUAAUUUUACACCUCCCGCGCCAUAUCCGUCGUUUUGGCCCAGCCAUACUGUUCGCAACCGAGUCGUUCGAGUCCUACAACGCAGUAAUCCGGCUGCGUAGUGUGCACUCAAAUCGGCACGCCCCCAGCCACGAUAUUGCGAUGCAGUUCAGCCAUCUACAUGCGGUGCGGCACCUCCUCAGUGGCGGUAUUUACUUCGACAAGGACGACAUGAACAUGGUAUGCCCCCUCCGAGCAGGCAAGAAUGUCCGCCGCCUUCUUGAUGAUCCAUACCUUGUCCAUCUCAUGGGUAUGGAUAAGCUGUUUACGGGUGAAGCAAAGGCAGUAAUCGACCUUCUAGGAUCCUUCAUGCGCAUUCCGAAGAUCGACAGGAUCAACUGGAGCUGUACACUGGCAUGCGCUUACGGACUUCAGCGCCCUCUGGACACGAUCGCCCAUCCCGCAGCACCCUUGUCUUGGUGCCAGUGGGUCACCCUGUCGAACGGAGACAUCGCACGACUGCAGAGCAUAGUGGUCCUGAAGUCGGAGGCGCAACCCGGGUUCCAGUUUGGUCGGAUUGAAGAGAUUCUCGCCAACGAAGAGACACGACGUGUAGCUGGUGUCCUUCUCCGACCAUGGGUGCUUGGCGAAGAACUUCAGCCCUACCGCUUCCCCUCACUGACGCCCGACUGCACGCGUCGUCCUGUGUGGGUAUACAUCGAUGUGAGUGCAAACAAUAUUUCCUGCGGCAGACAGAUUAAGACGCUAAUCAUUUCGAAGUCCAUCGACGCCGCUGUACACGCCUUUCACAACUGCAGCCAAUAUGCGUGUGCUCCAUCGAGGUCUCGGCGCAAGGUUCAAGAACGCCUUCAACGGUCAGAACACAGUGACGAGUAUCUUCACGACGCAGCUCCGACCGACCUUGUGCUGAACCUUGCUCAACUGCGCAGUGCCGCUGUCCUCGACCCAUUUCGGCCGCAUACUCGCUAUCCUGGACUUUCGCGUGAAGAGGUCGCUGAGCGGGCGGCUGAGGCGGAUGAUACCACCGUCAGAGCGCCUCUGCAAACAGCGGGUAAAAAGCGACAGAGGAAGACGAAGGCAGUUACAAACCAAGAGCAGGCUCGUUCGAGCAUUUCUCAGCGGCCUGCGCAUUCGAAAAGAGGCGCUGGGAAUCCUCGCACGUCUGUCGAUCUGCUUGCGCAAGGACAACCUGCGUCUCAGGCCCCCUUCACAGGGCAUCACGAGUCGAUGGGACCGCCGCCUGCAAAACGCUUCCGAGCAGCAGAGACUACAGCCUCUGCGCGCCCCGCUAGCUACCCAUCCAUGCAGGCACAACCCGAGCAUAGUGGCAGCGCUCCCGCCAUGAUGUAUGCUCAUUCCCAACGACUGAGCUCGAGGGAGCACCACAAAAAUUCGGGUGGCAUACUAGGAAACGAGCGGUCAGUUGUCCUCAGUUUUCCUUUCUCGUGUUCUAUGAAUUAA